AUGGCUCCAAGUCCGCUGGCUGACCGCGUCAAGCGAUUCUUCGGAAUCGACCCCGAGCUGCGCCUCGACGACUCGUCGUACUACGAAGAUGGGUCCUACGUCGAGCAUGAACCCUCCGUGAGGGCCUGGCUGUUCUGGCUCCUCCCCACAGGCCCUCGUGUCAAGGCCUACCUCUAUGAGCUCUUUCCCUUCGUCGGCUGGAUUUUCCACUACAACUUUACAUGGCUCCUAGGUGAUUUUAUCGCCGGUGUCACGGUCGGCUUCGUUGUCGUGCCCCAGGGUAUGGCAUACGCCCAACUGGCCCAGCUGCCUCCCGAGUAUGGCCUUUACACGUCCUUUGUCGGCUUCUUGUUGUACUGGGCGUUUGCAACGUCCAAGGACAUCACCAUUGGUACCGUUGCCGUCAUGUCUCAAAUCGUGGGAGGCAUUGUCAUCUCCACCAAGGCAGCCUACCCCGAUCUACAGGGCCCGGACAUCGCGCGAAGUCUAGCUCUGGUCUCUGGUCUUAUCUUGUUCGCCCUGGGUAUUUUCAGAUUGGGCUACAUCGUCGAAUUGAUCUCCCUGACCGCCAUUGCCUCCUUCAUGACUGGGUCCGCCCUCAACAUUGCCGCAGGCCAGGUGCCCAACCUGCUGGGUAUUACCUCUACAUAUGUCAACACGCGUGACCCGACGUACCUGGUUAUCAUCAACACGCUCAAGAGUCUGCCAAGGUCCAAGCUGGAUGCUGCCAUGGGCCUGACGGCCUUGUUUGCACUCUACUUCAUCCGCUGGUUCUGUAGCUUCAUGGGCAAGAGGCAGCCAAGCUGGGCCAGAACUUGGUUCUUCAUCUCGACGCUCCGCAUGGCAUUCGUCGUCAUUCUCUACAUCCUCGUUGCCUGGGGAGUCAACAGGGGUAUUUCGAACUCUGCCAAUGCCAAGUUCAGGAUCUUGGGAACUGUCCCAAGCGGCUUCCAACAUACUGGCGCUCCUCGUUUUGAUACCUACAUGCUGAACGCUCUCGCACCAAACAUUCCCACCACCAUCAUCGUCCUUCUCAUUGAGCACAUUGCCAUUUCAAAGUCGUUCGGUCGGGUCAAUAAUUACAUCAUCAACCCGUCUCAGGAGCUCGUGGCCAUCGGCUUCUCUAACAUCUUUGGGCCCUUCCUCGGGGGAUACCCGGCCACGGGAUCGUUCUCGCGUACAGCCAUCAAGGCCAAGGCUGGAGUGCGGACGCCGUUAGCUGGCAUCUUUACCGCCGUUGUCGUCCUCCUUGCCCUGUAUGCGCUGACUUCCGUCUUCUUCUACAUCCCCCAGGCUGCCUUAGCUGCCAUCAUCAUCCACGCUGUCGGCGAUCUCAUCACACCUCCAAAGGAGGUCUACAAGUUCUGGCUGGCCUCCCCCAUCGAGGUUGUCAUCUUCUUUGCUGGUGUACUCGUCUCCGUCUUCACGACGAUCGAUAAUGGUAUCUAUACUACGGUAUCCGUAUCUAUGGCCUUAUACCUCUUCCGAGCGGCCAAGAGCCCGGGAAGGUUCCUUGGAAAGGUGAAUGUCUCCUCGACCCCCCGAGACACGGUUCGUGGGGCCACGAGCGUCACUCGAGAUGAGGUUGAUGGCGCGAAGUCACAUCCUGGCUUCGUCCCCCUCGACAGGACCGACCUAUCAAAUCCCGAGGUUGAGAUCAAGUCUCCAUAUCCCGGUGUCUUCAUCUACCGCUUCGGCGAGGGCCUUAGCUAUCUCAACUGUGCGCGUCAUCUUGACAACUUGACGGUUAGCAUCUACAAGCAAACCCGCAAGACCGAGUUUAGCAAGUACACCAAGCUAGGCGACCGUCCAUGGAAUGAUCCCGGCCCGCGUCGCGGCGCUGACCCUAACCACGACGAGAUUUCCAGCCGCCCAACACUCCGCGCCGUCAUUCUCGACUUCACCGGUGUCAACCAUCUCGAUGUCACAUCUAUACAGGCACUCGUCGAUAUUCGCAACCAAUUCAAUCGGUACGCCAAACCCGACAAGGUCGAAUGGCACUUUGCCUCGGUCAGCAACAAGUGGUCUAAACGGGCCCUUGUGGGAUCUGGAUUCGGCUUGGACACGGAAUAUUCCGAGAAGUCGGGCAAAUCGGGCUCUGGUCCUCUGAUCGCCGUCGCAGAUGCUGGCCCUGGCGACAGCGUCGUCAAUGUGACACCCAAGCCCAAAGACAUUGAGGCGGGCGAGAUUACCGCUGUGGUUUCUGAGAAGUCGGCUGGCGGCCGGUUGGUUCCCCUGUAUGGCAUCAACAGGCCCUUCUUCCACAUUGAUGUCGAGACGGCCCUGAAGAGUACCCUCCAUAAUCUGGAGGGCAAGUUCUCCGAUUCCAACUAG